AGUCAGGUUGAGUUUCGGAGUUUCAUCUUCCUUUGUCUUUCUUUCUUUUGUCUCAAUACGGACAAAAACUAGAGAGAGAGAGAGAGAGAGAGAGAGAUCGCGUGCUGUUUGAGUAUCACAUCUAAUCCAGGAUUCUUUACUCUCUGCAGCUUUUCCACGACGGUUGACCUAAUUCAUCGUCACACCCAAUUGAAUUAGAGAGAGAGCGAGAGAGAGAGAGAGAGAGAGAGAGAGAGAGAGAGAGAGAGUUAGCUAAGAUGGGAAACUCGUUUGGUUGUUCUGCGUCGGGAGAGAGAUUGGUAUCAGCGGCGAGAGAUGGUGAUUACGUGGAAGCGAAGAUGCUGCUCGAUUGCAAUCCUUGCCUCGCAAAGUACUCUACCUUCGGCGGUCUCAAUUCUCCGUUGCAUUUCGCCGCCGCUAAAGGCCACAACGAGAUCGUGGGGUUGUUGCUGGAGAAAGGAGCUGAUGUGAACUCCAGAAACUAUUGCGGCCAGACGGCAUUGAUGCAAGCUUGUAGAUACGGACAUUGGGAAGUUGUGCAAACUCUUCUUCUUUUUCGUUGCAAUGUUACAAGAGCUGAUUAUUUAGCUGGAAGAACAGCGCUUCAUUUCGCUGCUGUCAACGGUCACGCCAGGUGUAUUAGACUGGUUUUGGCAGACUUUGUACCUAGUGAGCAACGAAACCCUCUUCCUGAGUCUGGUGUGGUGGUCACACCUAGGAACAAAUCCGAACAAAGUGCGUUGUCUAAAUUUGUGAAUAAGGCGGCUGACGGUGGAAUCACAGCUCUUCACAUGGCUGCCUUAAACGGAUUGUUUGACUGCGUGCAGCUUUUGCUUGAUCUUGAAGCUAAUGUCUCCGCUGUGACGUUUCAUUAUGGAACAUCGAUGGAUAUGAUUGGAGCAGGAAGCACGCCGUUGCACUAUGCCGCUUGUGGUGGGAAUCUGAAAUGUUGUCAGAUUCUCCUUGCAAGAGGUGCAAGAAAGAUGACAUUGAACUGUAAUGGGUGGCUACCAAUUGACAUAGCAAGGAUGUGGAGUCGUCACUGGUUAGAACCUUUGCUUUCACCAAACUCUGAUGUCGUCAUUCCACUCUUCCCUCGUUCCAGCUACUUAUCAUUGCCUCUUUUAAGUAUACUCAACAUCGCAAGAGAGUUUGGGUUGCAGUCAACAACCAUCUCAGAUGAGGUUGAUAUCUGUGCGGUUUGCCUGGAGAGAACAUGCACUGUUGCUGCUGAAGGUUGUGAGCAUCAGCUAUGUGUGAGAUGCGCGUUAUAUCUUUGCUCAUCGAGCAAUGUUCCUUCCGUGACAGUUGAUCCUCCCGGUUCGAUUCCAUGUCCUCUUUGCAGACACGGAAUAGUAUCUUUCAAACGGCUCCCAAGCUCAUUAACCAAAGAACUUAAGUUACCUAUGUCGCUUGGCUUCUGUGCGCCGUGUAUGCUCCACACUGGAGACGCAAGAGAUCAGUCCUCACCGACAACAGAACAGCAGCAGCAGCGUAGUAGCAAGACUCGAGCAGCCUCGGUUUCAUCUGAUAUGUUCUGUCCGGUGACGUGUAGUCCAUUCCCUUCAGUCAACAUUCCAUUGUGCACGUGCAGCGAUGGAACGUGUCCGAACUUUGAGACGCAUGGAGCAGAGAGAGAUGGUGAAGAACACGACGAGUCUUCUCCUCCUCCUCGGGUGGCGACUGAGCAGGAGAAGGUGGAUGAAGGGCAGAGACUUGGGAAGACAACAACUUGCUCGAGCAUGUUUUGGGGAAGAAGAAGCUGUAGCAGAGAGAACCAAUGCAACUCAGAGAUCAAUGCCUGAUCACAAACAUUUCUAUGUACAGUGAGAAAGAGAGGAUUGAUGUAUUAUUAUUAUUUUUUUAAAUUGAGGUGAGCCAUACAGUCUUUUCUUGUAUUUGUUUCUACUUUUGAGAGGGUUCAUAUAUAAAUUAUGGUGGAAGAUUUGUAAUUAUCAUCAUAGUGAUGGGGUCAUUUGCAAAAUCUUUGUACUUUCUUAUUGUAAUGGAUCUCUUGUUUGUAGCAUGUGUUGAAACAUUUGAGACUU